AUGCUGAAUUUGAAGUUGUGGUGUAGUACUUGUUGUGAAACCUUCACAGAAAAAGAGGUGCAAUGAUGGAAUUGGAGAACUCGUUCAAAAAUGGGGUCCAAGACCAACUAUAAGAACUAUAGACACUCCACCAGGACUGAAUAUAUCAUGUUGCUGUUGAGAAAACUACAGUAUAAGUACAACAAGUAAAAAGUCAAGAUGUCUAGUAUUAAUGAGGACUUGGAGAAAAUUUCUUCACUGGGAGAGUUGAACUACGAUUCCCACCCAAUCUCUCAGGUUAGAACAGCAGGUCCUAACGAUGAGUUUGUCAUGCUUGGAAGAAUGAAAGUUCGUAAGUCAGAGUUAUGGAGUGCUUUCGGUGGUGAUCUUCAACCUGGUGUCCACGCUCAACCACAACGUAAGUUUGCCAAUCCAGUCCCUAUUGGUCUCUGUGGGUUCGCGUUAACAACACUGGUUCUCAGUAUGGCUAAUGCAAGGGCAAUGGGUAUCAGAACGCCAAAUGUUGCAGUUGCACCUGCGUUUUUCUAUGGAGGAUUUGCGCAAAUCUUAGCCGGAAUGUGGGAAAUUGCCCUUGAGAACACUUUUGGUAGUGUGGUUCUAACAUCGUAUGGCUGUUUCUGGUUGAGCUGGGCAGCUAUUGAAAUUGACUGGUUUGGAAUCAAAGCUGCCUACGACGAUCCAAUCGAACUGGAAAAUGCUAUAGGAUUCUUCCUGCUAGGUUGGGUAAUCUUUACUUUUCUGAUUCUGCUUUGCACCAUGAAGUCCACUGUUGCCUUCUUCUCCAUGUUCUUUUUACUUGAAAUCACAUUCAUCCUGUUAACGGUGGCUUCGUUCACACGUCACGUUGGUUGCCAAAGAGCUGGUGGUGUGUUUGGUGUGAUUACUGGAUUUCUGGCUUGGUACAAUGCGUACGCAGGUAUCGCUACAAAGGAGAUCAGCUACUUCGUUCCAAAGCCAUGGCCACUCCCAGGUGCUAGCCAUUUGUGAUUACUUGGGACUUCCAUAAUAAGAGGUUGAUAGGGCUU